GCUGUCGUUGGCGGCCGCCGGCCGGCAGCCCCGGCGGAAUCUGGGCUGCGGAGCGCAAUCUCCCGUCCCGGCUGCUCCUUCCCGGCGGAGGAUCUCUCCGAAGCCGGAGAAGACACCAUUGAGCCCACCACGCGCCCGGGCUCGGUCUGGACGCGCCGCCCUGGCGGUGUGUGAUCCUUCCAAUCCGGCCCGGCCCUCGGCGUCUGUAAGUGUUCGGGGAGAGACCUCCUAAGGCCCUGCAUCGCCCUCCGGAGGUUGCAACGAGGCCCUCCGGCCCCGACAUUAUGAGAGCCACGAAGCCAGGGCGGGAAGCAGAACUGCCCCUGUCGCUUUGUGGUGCCUGUAGGACGUCGAGGGCCCACAUCCUCAGCCGGGGUCGCGAAUAGCACCCCAGAUUUCCUAGUGUCCGGGACAAAGUUAUGCCCCACUCCCCAACACCGAAAUAAAAUAGAAAAAGGGCAGUCAUCUGGGGCAGUCCCCUAGUCCUUUCAAUCAUGCAGGCAGAAACAGUGUCCUCGCUACAAAAGACCACAGCGGUGUCCAGCUUUGGCCUCAGUGACCUGCUCAGUAGCCGGAAGCUGAUGGCUGUAGGGGUCUUGCUUGGCUGGCUCUUGGUCAUCCACUUUCUGGUCAAUGUGUGGCUUCUCUGCCUUCUGUCUGCAUCGUUCAUGGUGCUGGGAGGAUGGCUGGGCUCCAAUGCCAUCGUGGGGGCUUCAGGUCGACUGCACCUGGAACGCUUCAUCCCAAUGGCCAUCUGCCCCCCAGACCCCAAGGCAGAGAGGCAGCUGGAACAGGAGAUCAACCGCACCAUCCAAAUGAUUAUUCGGGACUUUGUGUCAUCCUGGUAUCGCUCAGUGAGCCAGGAGCCAGCCUUCGAGGAAGAAAUGGAGGCGGCCAUGAGAGGACUGGCGCAGGAGCUGCGGAGAAGGAUGGGCAUGGUGGACAGUCAUGCUCUUGCCCAAAGGGUUCUGACUCUCUGCGGUUGCCACCUGCAGAGCUAUAUUCAGGCAAAGGAGGCUACAGCAGGAAGGCAGAGUGGUAGAGUUGAGCCUUCCCAACUCUGGGAGGCAUACUGCAGGGCAACUGCCCCACAUCCUGCGGUACAUAGCUCCAGUGCUGAGGUUACCUAUACACGCAGGAUUGUGAAUUUGUUGCUUCAAGGACUCGUGCCAAAGCCCCACUUGAAGACUCGGACGGGACGCCAUGUAGUGGUCGAACUCAUUACUUGCAAUGUGAUCUUACCACUGAUCAGCAAGCUGUCAGAUCCUGACUGGAUCCACCUUGUACUCGUGGGCAUCUUUUCCAAGAACAGAAAUGAUACAGCAGUAGUUAAACCACUCUGUCCAGCCAGUGCCCCGGAACAGCCCUCAGCGCCCACAUCUCUGCCGCUGGUCACUGAGGUACAGACUCCGCCAGAAGUAAGAGCCCCUUCUCCAGCUGCAGCCCCGGUGCUCCUAAACUGUAAUGAGCCAGAGGGACUGUUGCGCUGCUCCCCAGAAGUUGAAGAAGGCCAUGAAGUUAUAGAAGGAGAUUUGGGUGGAGUGCCAGAAGAAAGAAAAUUAGGGAACAGCUCAUCUCAUUUCCUCCAGCCAGAUAUCCGAGGCCCUCUGUUCUUCUGUGAAGAUGCAGAGCUGGAAUCUCCACUGUCUGAACUGAGCAAAGAAACCAUUCUGCUCAUGACCCCAGGCGCCUUCCUGUCAGACAGGAUCCAGGAUGCCCUGUGUGCCCUAGAGGGCUCCCAGUCUCUCGAGUCUAAGGAUGGUGAGGGAUCUGAAGGAAUUGAAGGAGCAGAGGCUGAGGAAGGUCCAGGAGCAGAAACAGAAACAGGCCUGCUGGUCUCCAUACUGAAUUCCUGCCCAGAGAUCCAGAUUGACACCACAGACAAGGAGGCAGAGCAAGAUGUCACCUCUCUUACACCUUUGCUGGCGAGUCCAGAAAGGACCUGCCCGCCACGACCCUCAUGCUUAAAGAAAGAUCUUACCAAUGGUGUGAGCUCCUUAGACCCUAGUCUGCCACAGGUUCUGCUUUCCUCCUCUCCAACUGGUCCUCUCAGCUCAGCCACCUUCAGCUUUGAGCCCCUGAGCAGUCCAGAUGGCCCAGUUGUCAUCCAGAACCUACGCAUCACUGGCACCAUCACUGCUCGAGAGCACAGUGGUACCGGAUUCCACCCAUACACACUCUACACGGUGAAGUAUGAGACAGUCCUUGACGGCGAGAACAGCGGCAGCCUGCAGCAGCUGGCAUACCACACUGUAAAUCGUCGCUACCGUGAGUUCCUGAAUCUACAGACCCGUCUGGAGGAGAAAUCGGAUCUACGAAAGUUCAUCAAAAAAAAGAAACAAAGUCGGAGAAAGAGUAAGCAACUUGCUAAAGAUGUGAAGGGUCCUAAAAAGCUCUUUCCGGAUCUUCCAUUUGGAAACAUGGAUAGUGACAGAGUAGAAGCCCGUAAGAGCCUCCUGGAAUCAUUCCUAAAGCAACUCUGUGCCAUUCCCGAAAUCGCUAAUAGUGAGGAGAUGCAGGAGUUCCUUGCUCUGAACACAGAUGCUCGUAUUGCCUUUGUCAAGAAACCGUUCAUGGUCUCCAGAAUAGACAAGAUGGUGGUGAAUGCUAUCGUGGACACCUUGAAGACGGCAUUUCCUCGCUCUGAACCCCAGAGUCCCACGGAGGAACUGAGUGAGGCCGAGACAGAAAGCAAGCCCCAGACAGAAGGCAAGAAGGCUAGCAAGUCCAGGCUGAGGUUCCCAUCCAGUAAAAUUGCUCCAGCACUGAAUAUGAAUGAACCACAUGAGAAGAUUCUCUACUGUCUCCAGGAGAGCAAUGUGGAGUCAGAGACCCUAUCCAUGUCUGCGAUGGAAUCCUUUAUUGACAAACAGACAAAAUUACUGCAGCCAGGAGAAGCCCCAGAAAAAGAUCCUGAACAUGCCCCCAAAGGACAUUUGGAUGAUUACUUGUCAGAUGUAGCCGUGCCAGCCCAAGACCUCAGCAACGAUGAUCCAAGAACAGAGACAGAGUUAGCUGACACAGCCCUAGAGCUGCUCCUCUUGCUGCUGACAGAACAGUGGAGGUGGCUGUGUACGGAAAACAUGCAGAAGGUUCUUCAUCUCACCUUCGGGACCCUAAUUCAGAGGUGGCUGGAGGUGCAAGUAGCUAACCUCACAUGUCCACAGCGCUGGGUGCAGUACCUCCAGCUUCUUCAGGAGUCCAUCUGGCCUGGUGGGGUUUUGCCUAAAAAUCCACGGCCUGUCAGAACCCAGGAACAGAAGGUGGCAGCUGAGAAACAGGCUUUGCAGAGCCUGAUGGGAGUCCUGCCAGAUAUUGUGGUGGAAAUCCUUGGGGUGAACAAAUGCAAGCUGAGCUGGAGCCUAGUCUUAGAGUCACUACAGCAACCACUCAUCAACAGGCAUUUGAUUUAUUGCCUCUGGGACAUCAUCCUGGAAUUCCUGGAUCUCAGCGCCUCUGUUGAGGAGCCCCCCACGGCCACCUCUGCCUCUGAUACCCCAGACAGUGCCGGGAAGACGGGUGUCCCCCCUUAGGUGCAGGUCACCCGCCAUUCCUCGGAGGGUGGGGAGGAGGGUGUCUCUGCCACCCAGAGACCACUUGGCCGGCCUUCGCCCUUGGAGCUGGGCGGUGACUCGGAAGGCCCGGGUCUUGGCGACGCGGGUUCCCCUCGGCUCUGCUCCACUGGAGCCGCUGAGAGGGGUGUGCGUGCAGCUGUGUGCAUGUCCAGUUGUCACACCUUCUCUGGUGUUUGGGGUGUCACUCCUGGGUCGAUUGUUCACAGACAAUCUGCGAGGUAAAGAAGGAGCCCCUUUUGCCCUCCUUCAUAAGAUUAUUUGCCAGUAGCCUGGCCCAGUGUGUACGUGCACCUAAUCCACCAACACUCAACAUGUAGGUAAAACCAGGAAGAAAAGAGAGCAGGUUUCCGUGGAGGAGAAGAUAAUCUCCUGAGCUCUCCAUUCCCACCAGGAACCUGGAAGUCCACCAAGAUUCUUGAAAGCCAGAUCUCUGCUUUCCCACAGGUCUGGAAGAGGGAGCGGGAGCAUUUCUCCGGGGACGUCUUGCUCUUGGCGGUGCUGCUGCACAGCAGCCCUAAGGAGCAUGUGUGUCAUCGGAGGCUGCCUCCCUGGGGGCUCCCCUUUCCCACCCAGAAGACUUCAGAGCAGACAGCCAAAGCCUCUGGUAGAUCCACCCCUCUCUCCACACCCUUUCCUGAGAGAAAGUGCAUCACAGAUUCUAUUGCUUCUAUUUACUCUUAGUCUCCUCCCCAAGGUCAACUGAGUUUGGUCCUUUGUGACCUGUCUUCCUUCAGCAGGAUCACAGGCAACGUGCACACUCAGCUCAGUGCUGCCAGUGGGAAGGGAAACACCUGCUCCCCGGCUGAGAAAGCCCAGAGAGCGGGAGCCAGCAACGGCGGGCUCUCUCUCCUCCAGUCUGACCGGGAGUGUAAUCGGAACCCAUACUGUUAGCAAACCUACAGGGAAUUGACUGCCCACAAAAACAUUUUAACUUCCUGUCCUGAAGGGUCUAGUUAGUCUUUAGGAACACUAGUGACAAAUCCAAAGGGGCUGUCUGGCUGCAGGGUCUUAGGGAAAAGUGGGACAGUGGGGCCCUGGCCAAGGACCUCAGUGGGUUAGAGCUUUAUCCCAGGACACCAAGGUUGCAGGUUUGAUCCCAAACAGGGAACAUAAAAGAAGCAACCAAUAAAUGCAUACAUAAGAGAACAACAAA